AUGGCCAGGGUUCCCAUGCCCGAGCUCGCCGGGGACUGCGUCCUGAUCAAGACCAUGGCAGUCGCCCUCAACCCUACCGACUGGAAACAUAUUGAUUUCAUUUCCACUAAAGGAGCCACUGCAGGAUGCGACUACUCUGGGAUUAUCGAGGAGAUAGGAUCGGACGUUGAUCCUGCGCAUGGGCUGCAGGUUGGGGAUCGUGUUGCCGGAUUCAUUAACGGCUGCAAUGGCGAGAACCUCUCAGAUGGCUCUUUUGCCGAAUAUAUCGCUGUAAAAGCGCAUAUCAACAUCAAGCUACCGGAUUGGAUGUCGUUCGAAGACGGUGCAACUCUAGCUGUGGGGAUCACCACAGUGGCGCAAGGAAUGUACCAGCAGUUGAGAUUGCCCUUGCCAUCGCCGACGUCGUCAAUCACUGCAGCCGAAGACGCACAGCCAAUCUUGAUUUAUGGCGGCAGCACUGCGACCGGAACACUGGCGAUCCAAUUCGCGAAAUUAUCCGGAUUCAAAGUCAUCACCACCUGUUCCCCGCAUAACUUCUCACUGGUGCAAGAACGAGGAGCAGACCAUAUCCUCGAUCACAACUCCCAAACUCUCGCGAAAGAUAUCCGCGAUCUGGCAGGGAACGAGCUCUGCAUUGUCCUGGACUGCAUCACCACCGGCGAGUCCAUCAUCAAAUGCUGCGAUGCCCUGGCACCCUCAUCUCCGAACAGGAAACACCAAUACUGCGGUUUGUUCACUGUCAGAGCCUUGCCUCGAUCUGAUGUUGAAGCUGGAUUCACCAUGUCGUAUACAGCUCUGGGAGAGUCGUUCCAGAAGUGGGACAAUUAUCACCCUGGAAGCUCUGAGGAUGCUCGGUUCGUUGGGGACUUUAUGAAGUUGACAUCGAAGCUACUUGAAGAGAAGAAAAUUCAGAAUCAUCCAGCUGAAGUGAGAUCUGGGCUAGAGGGGGUUCUGAAGGGAUUGGAUCGUCUUCGGAAGGGAGAUGUUAGUGGUGUGAAGCUGGUUUAUUCAUUGUAG